GUGGACAGUGUGGACUUUACCGUCAACAUCAAAGCUACGUAUCUGUUUGGAAGAGAAGUUUCUGGGACGGCCUAUGCGGUGUUUGGAAUUAUGGAGAACGGUGUGAAGAAGAGCCUCCCUCACUCUCUGGCACGAGUGCCAGUCCGGAAUGGAGAAGGACAGGUUACACUGAAAAGGGAACAGAUCACUCAGACUUUUGCAGAUGUCAGUAAGCUAGUUGGGAACUCCAUAUAUGUUGCUGUCAGUGUGCUGACAGAGAGUG